CGUUCCACAUCACUUCAGUGCAUUUCUUUCAGAAAUGAUUCUGUUACGGGUAAUACUGAGCUUAGUGCUUCUCAGAAGUACCACAAAUUGUUCUUUUCUAAAGGGUUGCAAUAACGGUGGGUCCUGCGUGGACGAGAAAUGGAGAAACCACACUCAUUGGAAUAUCGUUUGUAUGGAAUGGAUGGAACUUGAUGAAGGUGAUAUUGAUAUCUGUCCAAAACCCUGGAAAUGCUGCCAUACUACGCAAUACGAAAAGAAGAUUCCAUAUCCAAAACAAUAACCGUGAAGCCCUAAACUUAAGUUCAGUGAAAAUAUAUGAGAAACUGGUUUCUCAUAUAAAUAAAAUGAAUAAAGUCAAAACAAAGGGUCACGCG